GGCGAAUCCACCGACGCCAGCGAGAGCCGGACGACCGGCAAGCUCAAGUACGAGGUAGUCGAAGGCCGCACCACCGCUACUCACGUCUACGCGACGUAUCCGCUCAAGUUCCUGCACCCGCAGAGGACGAUCCACCAGGGCUUCGACACGUCCAUCACUUACAUUUUGGGCUACGGGGGAGGGCUGGUGGGCGGCGACUCCGUCGUCGUGGGAUGCGAGCUGGGCCCCAACACUUCAGUGGUGCUGGCGACGCAAGCGACCACGAAGGUAUUCAAGGCGGAGGACGAAGGGGAAAUUGUGUCGCAGUCCUUUUCGCUCAAGGUAGCGAGCAACGCUACAUUGGCGUUCCUCCCCGACCCAGUGACCUGCUUCGAGAGAGCCAAGUACCGCCAGACGCAGGUUUUUCACCUUGAAGAAGACGCGAGCUUGGUGUUCGUAGACUGGUUGACCAGCGGCAGGAAGCGAAACUACUUGGCGACGGGGUCUAUCCGCGACAAUCGCACUGAAACGCUUGAGCACUGGGAUUUCAGCGAGUACGACACGACGUCUGAGGUGUUUGUUGCGGGUGAAAGGCUCGUGACGGACCGCGUUCGUCUUGCAGACGAAGAAGACGUCAGACUUCGUCAGCGAAUGCAUGGUAUGCACGUGCUGGGUUUGAUGGUCAUUGUCGGCUCCAAACUGCAGCCUAUCAUGGACCAACUGCUGGAGCUGAGCACGCGCAAGAAACUGCACAACGCAAGGGACAUCACCCCUCAAGGACGCCUCGCGGCGGCCAAUACCUUUCCUGGAGUUAUUGCGUCAGCAAGCUCGUUGGGACCAAACGCCGUCAUUGUGCGGUUCUGUGGUCAAGACACUGAGUCGGUAAUGACCUACGUCAAGGCCAUGUUGGCACCGCUACGCGAGAUUAUUGGGUUUACUCCCUAUCAGGAAAACCGG